AUGGUUCAGAUUAUUAAAGACAUGGAUGAAUUAAAAACAUUUUUGAAAGCUGCCGGAAGCAAACUUGUGGUGGUUGAAUUCUCAGCAAAAUGGUGUGGUCCUUGCCAAAAGAUUUGUCCUCUUGUUCAUGACUUGGCCCAAAUUUAUCAUGUCAAAGUCAUACCCACAUUUCAGAUGUUCAAGAAGGCCCAGAAGGGCUCCAUCUCCAGGCCUAGACCUGUGAGUGAACUCCAUCCCCAUCAAGAAUAGCCCCUUGACUCCAGUCAAGCCAAUCCAAGCCCUACCAGAGCUACUUGUAAGACUUGGCUUAAGUAG